GAGGACUGGGAUAGGGGCCAGGAGUUCUGAAGGGACAGAAGGCCCGCACUGAGGACGCGUAGGCGGGAGUGGCAGCGCCGAAGGGAGGCAAAGCGAUUCCGAGCCCUGUCACCUUGAUGUCUGUCUGCCCCGUCCUCUCCUCGUCCGCCUUGUCCCCCUCCUCACUUGCGGAUCGUGACCAGACCUUCAGCUGGAAACCCUGCCCAAGGAAGAUCUCAUCAAGUUCGCCAAGAAGCAGAUGAUGCUGUUACAAAAGGCGAAAUCAAGGUGUACAGAAUUGGAAAAAGAAAUUGAUGAACUCAAAUCAAAACCUAUUGAUGGAGGAACUGAUGAUAUUAUUAAGGCAUUGACUGAGCGCCUAGAUGCUAUUCUUCUGGAGAAAGCGGAGACUGAACAACAGUGUCUUUCUCUGAAAAAGGAAAAUGUUAAAAUGAAACAGGAAGUUGAAGAUUCUGUAACUAAAGUGGAAGAUGUGCACAAGGAGUUUGAACAGUCACACAAAAACUAUGUGAAAGAAAUUGAAAAUUUGAAAAAUGAAUUGAUGACAGUACAUUCCAAACACAAUGAAGAUAAGGCUGGCUUACAAAAGGAGCUAGAAGAAGCAGUAAAUAAACAGGCAGAGCUUUCAGAACAACUUAAACUUCAGAGUAUCUCUGAAGACAGUGUUAAAAAACUACAAGAAGAGAUUCAGGAAAUGAGGUCAGCCUUUGAGGAACAAAUUUUAUAUCUGCAAAAGCAAUUAGAAGUCACCACUGAUGAAAAGAAGCAAGCAGUUACUCACCUCCAAGAAGUCAUGGAAGCAAAUUCUCAGCAUUACCAAAGAGAUGUUAAUCGUUUGCAAGAAGAAUUUUUGCAGUUGAAAGCUGCACACCAAGAAGAAGUGAAAGAACUGACACACCAGAUUGAAGCAUCAGCUAAAGAACAUGAAGCAGAAAUAAGUAAGUUAAACCAGCUGCAAGAGGACUUAGCAAAACAGUAUGAGGCCAGUGAGAAGACCAUUUGCAAGAAAUACGAAUGUGAAUUGGAAAACCUAAGAAAAGCCACCUCAGAUGCAAAUCCAGACCAUCAGGUGGGUCCUGCCCUCCUACAGGAAGAUACUUUUGUAGAACAGGUAAUAAAUGAAAAAACCAAAUACUUAGAGGAUUCCUUAAAAGAACUGGAAUCUCAACAUAGUAUCUUAAAAGAUGAGGUAACUUAUAUGAAUAAUCUUAAAUUAAAACUUGAAAUGGAUGCCCAACAUAUAAAAGAUGAGUUUUUUCAUGAACGAGAAGACUUAGAAUUUAAAAUUAAUGAACUAUUACUAGCUAAAGAAGAGCAGGUCUGUAUAAUAGAAAAAUUAAAGUAUGAGCUAGAAGAUUUAAAUAAACAGUUUUGUUGUGCUAUAGAACAGCAUAACAAAGAAGCACAAAAUCUCAAGGAACAACAUCAAAAAGAAAUAUCCGAACUAAAUGAGACAUUUUUGUCAGGUUCAGAAAAAGAAAAACUAACAUUACUGUUUGAAAUACAGGGUCUUAAGGAACAGUGUGAAAACCUGCAACAAGAAAAGCAAGAAGCAAUAUUAAAUUAUGAGAGUUUGAGAGAGAUUAUGGAAAUUUUACAGACAGAACUGGGAGAAUCUGCUGGAAAAAUAAGUCAAGAGUUUGAAUCAAUGAAGCAACAGCAAGCAUCUGAUGUUCAUGAACUUCAGCAGAGGCUUAGGACUGCAUUUAAUGAAAGAGAUGCUCUUCUUGAAACUGUGAAUCGUCUCCAGGGAGAAAAUGAAAAGUUAUUAUCUCAACAAGAGUUAGUAUCACAACUUGAAAAUACCAUAAAGAGCCUUCAAGAGAAGAAUGAAGUGUACUUACUUAGUCUCAGUCAAAGAGACAUGGUGAUACAAGAAUUAGAAGCCAAUAUAAGGUCUCUUAUGGAAGAAAAAGAUGAUUUCAUAAAUAAAAUUAAAAAUUCUCAUGAUGAGAUAGUCAGUCUGCAUAAAAAGUGUGAAAGGGAAGAAAACUUUGCUCGAGAACUUAGGGAGAAAUGGGAGCAAACCACCCAGUCCAACAGUGCACUAGAACGACAAGUAAAUGAAUUGACAGGAAGACUAGAUGAGACUUUAAAAGAAAAGGAUGAAAAUGACCAAAAACUUAUGGUUCAAAUGCAAACUCUCUCUAAAGACCAGGAAGCAUUGUCAUUGGAAGUGAAGUCUCUUGAUGAGGAAAAUAGUAGAUUGCGUUCUGAAAAGGACCAGUUGAGUAGGGAUUUAGAAGCUCUUCUGUCUGAAAAGGAAGAUUUUACCCUGAAAGGACAUACUACUGAAUUAGAAAAGAAACUUGAGUUAACAAUGGAAGAGCGAGAUAACUUAAAUAAACUGUUUGAAAAUGAGCAAGUUCAGAAGUCAUUUGUUAGAACUCAGCUAUAUGGUUUUCUUAAACAAAUGGGGUCGAGUGUUUCAGAAGAAAAUGAAGAUGUUAGACUUGUCCUACAAGCUGUAGGAGAAUCCUUAGCAAAAGUAAAUGAAGAAAAUCACAACUUGGUUUUACAGCAUCUUGAAAGGGUGUUAGAAUUAGAAAAAGAAACUAAGUGCCUUCAAGAAAAGGCCACUCAAUGUGAAGAACUUAGGUCUUUACUAAGGGACUAUGAGCAAGAGAAAGUUCUCUUAAGGCAAGAGUUAGAAGGGACAUUGUCAGAAAAAGAGGCCCUGCAGUUUGAUCUUUUAGAAAUGAAGAAUGCUAAUGAGAAAAUAAAGCUUGAAAAUCACAAUCUUUUAAUUCAAGUUGAGGAAGUAUCUCAUAUAUUACACAGCAAAACUGAAGUCCAUGAUGAAAAAUCUAUACCAGGACAUGAAGACCUAAGGCCAUUACUGGAACAAAAAGAAUCUGAAUUGCAAGAUGUAAGAGCAGAGUUGAUGUCAUUUAAGGAUUCCCUAGAGAAAUCAUCUCCUGUAAAAAAUGAUCAACUUUCUUCAGUCAAAGAACUGGAAGAAAAAAUAGGAAAUCUAGAAAAAGAAUCCAAAGAAAAGGAGGAGAAAAUAAGUAAGAUAAAACUAGUUGCUGUGAAGGCAAAGAAAGAAUUAGAUUCUAGCAGAAAAGAGGCCCAGACUCUAAGGGAAGAACUCGAGUCUGUUCGGGCAGAAAAGGAUCAGUUGUCUGCAUCCAUGAGAGACCUCAUUCAGGGAGCAGAGAGCUAUAAGAAUCUUUUAUUAGAAUAUGAUAAGCAGUCAGAGCAGUUGGAUAUGGAAAAAGAACGUGCUAAUAAUUUUGAACAUCACAUGGAAGACCUUUCAAAACAAUUAAGAAAUUCAGCUUAUCAGUGUGAAAAAUUAAGCUCUGAUAAUGAAGAUCUCCUGGCUCGUAUUGAGACACUUCAGUCCAAUUCCAGGCUAUUAGAAGUACAGAUUUUAGAAGUCCAGAGAGCCAAAGCAGUGGUAGACAAAGAACUGGAAGCUGAAAAGCUUCAGAAAGAGCAAAAGCUAAAGGAACAUGCCAGUACUGUAAAUGAACUUGAAGAACUUCAGCUGCAACUUCAAAAGGAAAAGAAACAGCUUCAGAAAACCAUGCAAGAAUUAGAGCUGGUUAAAAAGGAUGCCCAACAGACUACACUGAUGAAUAUGGAAAUAGCAGACUAUGAGCGUUUGACAAAAGAACUAAAUCAACAGUUAACUAAUAAAAACAGCAAGAUAGAAGAUUUGGAGCAAGAAAUAAAAAUUCAAAGACAGAAACAAGAAACCCUACAAGAAGAAAUGACUGUUUCCUCUCUGCUGAAAUCCCUCCUGAGUCUAGCCUCACUCCAGUCUUCCCUGCAGCAGCAUGAAGAAAAACACACCAAGAUCAAGCAGCUGCUUGUGAAAACCAAAAAAGAGCUGGCAGACUCAAAGCAAGCAGAAACUGAUCAUCUCAUUCUGCAAGCAUCCUUAAAGGGCGAGCUGGAGGCUAGCCAGCAGCAAGGAGAAGUCUACAAAAUCCAGCUGGCUGAGGUGACUGCAGAGAAACACAAGCUGCACGAGAACCUGAAGGCAUCUGCUGAGCAGCACCAGCGUGCACUCGGUGCCUUCCAGCAGCGGGUGGCUGCGCUACAAGAGGAGAGCCGCGCUGCCAAGGCAGAACAAACUGCUGUAACCUCAGAAUUUGAGAGCUACAAAGUCCGAGUUCAUAACGUUCUGAAACAACAGAAAAAUAAAUCUGUGUCUCAGGCUGAGACUGAGGGAGCGAAACAAGAAAGGGAACACCUGGAAAUGCUGGUUGACCAGCUGAAGAUCAAACUACAAGACAGCCAGAAUAACCUGCAGGUCAGCAUGUCAGAGCUGCAGACACUACAGUUGGAGCACGACACCCUGCUGGAGAGGCACAACCGCAUGCUGCAGGAGACCGUGGCCAAGGAGGCGGAGCUGCGGGAAAAGCUGUGUUCCAUCCAGUCGGAGAACUUGGCAAUGAAGUCUGAGCAUGCACAGACAGUGAGUCAGCUGUCAUCCCAGAGUGAGGUCCUCCGCAGCAACUUCCGAGAGCAGAUGCGGCACUUGCAGGAAGAACACCGGAAGACAGUGGAAACCCUCCAGCAGCAGCUCUCCAAGGUGGAAGCUCAGCUCUUCCAGCUCAAGAGUGAGCCAACCACACGAUCCCCAGGUUCUUGCCAGCCUUUGAAGAACCUUCGAGAAAGGAGGACCACCGAUCUGCCCCUUCUGGACAUACACGCGGUGACUCGGGAGGAGGGGGAAGGCAUGGAGACAGCGGACAACGAGUCCGUGUCUUCCACCAGCACUUAUGCACCCUCACUGGAGCAGCUGCUCAACUCUCCUGAGACAAAGCUUGAGCCUCCUUUGUGGCAUGCUGAGUUUACCAAAGAAGAGUUGGUUCAGAAGCUAUGCUCCACCACGAAAAGUGCAGAGCACUUGAAUGGGCUGCUUCGGGAGACAGAGGCAACCAAUGCCAUCCUCAUGGAGCAGGUCAAGCUUCUCAAAAGUGAAAUAAGAAGAUUGGAAAGAAAUCAAGAGCGAGAGAAGUCUGUGGCCAACCUGGAAUACUUGAAGAAUGUCUUGCUGCAGUUCAUUUUCCUGAAACCUGGCAGUGAGCGGGAGAGGCUCCUUCCUGUCAUCGACACCAUGCUGCACCUCAGCCCUGAGGAGAAGGGGAGGCUUGCCACCGUUGCACAGGGCGAGGAAGAAAACACUUCCCGUUCCUCCGGAUGGGCCUCUUAUCUGCAUAGUUGGUCUGGACUUCGAUAGAUUGAUGGGGAGGAGGUUCCUUAUUAGCUGAAUGGGACCUGUCUGGAAAACCAGUUCACAUAUGUCGCUGUCCUCCUGUCACAGUGUGUGUCCACGUCCUCCUCUGUUCUUCGUAUGUGUCACAGAUGGGUUGAGUAUCUCAGUUUGGAGUGAAAGCACCAUGGCUUCAAGUGUUGACCCCAGUCCACCGCUGCUGCUGUGGCCCCAAACCUGGGUCCCAGGGUGCCACUGGGAACAAGGCUGCUCACCCCCUCUGCCACCUCAGCACCUGCCCAACUCCAGACAGUCAUGUGAAUUUAGAAGUUAAUAAAUUGCUAAGAAAAUCUGGCAGUCACAGUAUGAAGGAAAGUGAUUUACUGGUAAGGUGGACUUAGGUUUAUCAUGCGGCCAGCUGAAGUUGCAAUUCAUUUCAUUGUCCCCUGAAGUAUACUCUGCCAAGCUCUCUACAUUGUCCAUGGCCACAGUCCAGCUGGUGUGACACUACCUGAGGGGUGGCCUAACCCCUCAGGGUCACUUCACAUGGUCUCCCAGGCUCACAUUGUGGUGCCACUGCUCUCCAGCCAGGAGUGUGUCUGCACCUUCUCCCCACCUCCCAGAUAAAAGCUCAGAGCAGUGCUGCCUGACUCAGCCUCGGACUUUAGAAAGUUGCCACAGAGGCUGGUGCGUUGGACUGCUGUGUGAUGAAGAUCGUGGUGUUUCUGGCCUUUGAUGCUGCGGAGUAUGUUUUAUUGGCAAGAUCAAAGCUGUGCACUUAAAGUUGAAAGUUCUGUUUUUACUGUUCUUGUGUAAGUCACACACAGUGUGCCCUCAGAAGUCCUCAGGCCUUGCAGUUAAUGUUGCACUUCCAGACUCCAUUGGAGAACUGACUCUGUACUUGAGUUCCUGGGAACACUGGUUUCCAGCUUAGUGUACUGGAAGAUUGCUGCUGACAUGUCGAGUUUGUCCUUGUAAAGGAUUCCCUUACUUACUUCCAUCUCUCCUCCUGUCUUACAAGAACAGACCUGACUGGUGAAUGUAUUAAUGAAGAUGGAUCUAUUUCAGAGCCAACAUUAAAAGUCUAGUUUUUUUACUUUAUAAACUGUGAAUAUGAGUAUGCCAGUGGCAUACACUGUAACUCUAAUGAUAUUUAAAUAAAUUUCACUUCUUCUUUGAGCCUCUUCCUGUUGAAGUCUAUAAACUUAUUUUGAAAUAUAGUCUGUACUUGAGAAUGUAAUAACAAAAAUACCUUUUGCAUGUAAAAACUACUUUGAUUACAAAGGCAUACUCUUUCAUGGCAAUGAGGAAAUGUAAUGAUUAUUUUAAUAUUUCUAUUAAACAUCUCUAACUGUA